AUGAUUCACAAAUGUAAGCGCUGCUAAAAGUAUGGCAAAUAUCCUCGAAAAAGUACAAUUUUUACCGUAUUGUUCUAGCGUCAUAUACUUUAGUACGACUUCUCCUAGCUGAUUUUCUGAUUUUCAGUAAUUAAGAAAAAAAUGGGCCGCCCGAACGUCUUCUUCGACAUCUCCAUCGGUGGAAAGGCCGUGGGACGCAUUGUCAUGGAGGUUUGUUUACUGCAUCGUCACAUUCAGCUCUUCUAAUCCGGAUUUCCUUUCAGCUUUACUCCGACAUCGUCCCGAAGACCGCCGAGAACUUCCGCGCUCUCUGCACCGGAGAGAAGGGAGUCGGCAAGUCCGGAAAGCCCCUUCACUUCAAGGGAUCCAAGUUCCACCGCAUCAUUCCGGACUUCAUGAUCCAAGGAGGAGAUUUCACCCGCGGAAACGGAACCGGAGGCGAGUCGAUCUACGGCGAAAAGUUCCCGGACGAGAACUUCCAGGAGAAGCACACCGGACCAGGAGUCCUCUCCAUGGUAAGUCGUACAUAACUCUUUCUUAUAUAUGAAACACGAGAGACGUCUGUCUUGUCAAGUGAUAUUCAGGCAAAAUACUGUUUUAGGCUAACGCUGGCCCGAACACCAACGGAUCGCAGUUCUUCCUCUGCACCGUGAAGACCGCCUGGUUGGACGGCAAGCACGUCGUCUUCGGAAAGGUCGUGCAAGGAUUGGAUGUUGUUUCCAAGGUCGAGACCUUCGGAACCGACUCUGGAAAGCCGAAGGCUGACUGCGUCAUCGCCGAUUGCGGACAGCUCUAAACGAUUGCUCUUUCUCUCAACUCUCUAUUUUCCUCACUCCCACUCAAUUUAAUCGUUCCCAUUUUCAAUGCUUCCGUUGUCUAAAUUUGAUCAUCAGUAAAGUUGCAAAGAAAGAAGAUUAGGGUUAUCGGGUGAUACGAAGAAUCAGACGAUGAGAACCGGUUGGUGAUUUGAAAGUUUUUUUUACCGGCGUCUGCUGCACACAUUGAACCGAAGCCUUGCGUGGCCGGUUCACGUACUUUUUGACCCAAUCCAAGUUACAAGUGUAAAAGGCGAACGGCCACGUGACGGGAAGAAGAUAGGCGAAGUGAACUGGCAAGGACACCAGGAUUGUGGUCGGGCUGGGACCAUGAGGCUUCCAGAAAAUCACUUGAUUGAGGAUCUUGCCGGUUAAACCAACCUGAACUUGUUAGUUGCGAGCAAUUUUUUGGUAAUGUAGGUGUGUUGUUUGAGGUGGGUUUUUUUGCUAGGGCUGGUAAAAAUUUAUCAGAUUCUAAACGGAAAGAAAGUUCGAAUCGGAAAGUGCAUUCACAGACGGCUGCACUUGUGAAGUGUUACGUUCAGGAUUGCACAUCCGCUUGCACACUGAUUCAUUCAGAAUCCGAAAGAUCGCGUCCACGUUUCGUUUAUUGCAGGUCAAGUACGAUAUUUGGACGAUGACGGGCGUCGAGAGAAUGUCCAUCAGCACGCACAACGCUGCCGCCUAAAAUUGAAAAAAAUUGGAAUGAAAUCUGUUGACACACACACCUGUUCAAUGAACGAAAUUAUACUAUACCAACUAUUCAAGAGAUAAGCAGCAGCAGUAAUGAAGAGAAAAGAACACUGAAAAUGAAAAGAAAUGUCCGGCCUUACCUAAAAACCGAUACCGUUUUGACGAGCACAAUUGUGAAGGUCUGAUAAAAAAUGUAUUUUUGUGGUUGAUUAUCGACAACCGAUCUCAAAUUCGAAAAUGUGCCAAUGUCCUUUCGGAUUCGAAGAUAUAGGGCGGCUGAGAUGAAAAGUAAUACGUUGAGGGUGAUGUACCACAUCUGAAUGGACUAUUUUGAGGAUAAAGGCCUGCAAUAUUCUCAUUUUUAGGCGGUUCUCCCUUAAAAAAACUGUUUUUUUCGGUUUAGAGCGAUUGCAUUUUGUUUCUAAAAGCGAGCAGUUGUCUAAACUUCUAAAAUGAUCUUACUUUAGAAAACGAUUUUUCCAGAGAAAGGCUCAAAAGGCGCGCUCUAUUCUGUCGCUGUUCUAUUAGGGACUACCGCCGAUUUUUCAUGUUUUUGACGAAACGGUCCCAAAUCCUGCACUAUUGCCGCAUAUAAAACACAAGAGGCGUCUGCCUGUCUGUCUUUUUGUAUGUCCGCGGACUCAGCGCAGCAGAGAGAAAGACGGACCGGACAAAAGCGAGUGGGGGUCGAACCCGCGACAGCUUUUCAAGGUGAUUACUCCGUACGUUGAGUCAUUGAGUUGCGAAAAACGAAAUUCCGAAGCCAUCCUGAAAAGCCUUCGACUUACAAGAAACACGAGAAAAGCGUCGCCCAUUUUUUCGCUCAGUGUCAUGUUCUGACUAUCCUUAUCCGCUUCUCCCAUUUUGAGUAACAUCAAAUCUUUAGCGGCAAUAAGCACGCACAAAACCACGAUGAUUCGGUUCACCGUCUUGUGCGACACAGUCACAUAUUUCUCCGACCGCGGAUAAAAAUGAAGAGAAAAGCGUUGGAAUGCCAGGAGUAUUGUGAGUAAAUAGAGAAGUUCUGUGAAUAUGAAAACCGCCGACAAGCUGGUGAAUGCGAGGAAGAUUAUCGUGGAAAGAAUCGUACGGCUUCAAAAAUACGGAAUUUUGGUUCAAUAUUUUAGACUUACUUUUUAAGGAAAGCGUAAAAAUACAUCAGAUAGGCGAACACAGCGAAUGUAUAAAUGGAAGUAUAAAUCACGAGAAUGGCCUUGUAAAAGUGAUUUGUAAUCGGGAAUAUCGCUGUCUGAAAUGCUCCAUCACUUUUUAUUUUAUUUUUGAACAGAGUACUUGUUCAUCACGCUGCCGAUUGACCCUGUUAAGAUAGACGUAAAAUGGGAAUAAGGCCAGGAAGGCUACAGAGAAAAUGACUAAAAUUGUAAUGUGAACGAUCCAUAGGGACCCUUGGAGAACUUUUUCCAUAGGAUUGAGUUCAGCCCAGUUGAUAUGUGUGCCGUUUUCCAUUUGAAUUCGAGAAAGAAUUGCAAUUUCCAAGGUUUUUCUGAGUUUUAAGCAAUGAUUUACACCUGCGCGCAGGUGUAAAAUGUCGACGAGACAUGUUGUGGUUUCAGAAUUUCUUGCGUUAGAAACGAUAAUCAAUAGACUCGGGGGCAGUAUGCAUUUAUGCAUUGUAUAUUUUCUCGUUUUUUUGCGCAUUCAGCGAUAAAACUUUCACUGAAUGAAAUAUGCAGAUUUAUAUAAAGAACACACGCAGGGAUGAGCGGAAAGAAUCGGAAUUAUUCCGACGGAAAAAUACCACAUCUUUCAGGCGCGCACAGCUAAAAUUUCUGACGUGAAGCGCAAGACUUUUUAAAGAACUUUUUUUUCCAAGAGUUUCCUAAAACUAUAGUGCCGUUCACGAUUUUCUGUGCAUUUUGCAUUUCGCAAUCACGGAGUCGUGGCGGGGUACACUGGCGCAAGUGCGCUCUACUGAAAUUUUCAAAAAUUUUGCUUUGGCCUAAUGCUUUAAGAUAGGGGCGCUACGCGAUCGACCGUCGGCGAAAGUUCAAAUUUUAGUUUUCGAUGUACCCAUGACGACCCCGUGGCAAUGUUUGACUCGCCAUUCGCCGCGAAACGUCGGCCGCUCGUUCGGCCGCGGGAAUAUAAGCGCCAGCCCGUCAUUCAGCGGUUUCGGUUUCUGUCCGGCACCCCUUCCCAUCGACACUAACUUGACCGUUGUUUUUGCCUUUUUAUCUGUUAGUGUUCGUCGCCAAAUAUAUUUAUCUGAUUUUCCUCGGAACUUCAUAAAAAAUGCUCGUUUUUUCACUUUUCGUGUUUAAAAAUCGGACAAAAUGUACAUUUCCAAAACGUUACAUCGAAAAACUUUCAAAAAUUAAUGCCGCGUCCAAAGUUUUAAAAAACCGGGAAAUCACCCGGAUUUUGCUAGGAUUUCUGUGAUCUUUGUACGCUUUUUUUAACUUUGGACGCGGCAUAACGGAUUUUGCAAUUUCCGCCAUAGCUCAGCGAUUUGAAGUGAGGAAACAGCGGCGGAAAGCGGGUCGAACACACUUACAACCGUGUUUCGCCACAGUGCCGCCGCUGUUUCGCCAGAACUCCGCCAGAACACUACGUUGUUUUCCGUUGAAACUGCGUUCCUCCGCCGUUUCGACAAAAGCGCCGCGGCUGUGGUCUCGCCACGAUUUGAGCUUGGCGAAACAGCGGUCAUCCGCGGUUCCAUGAAAACGCCUCUUUCGCCACUGUUUCCUCACUUCAAAUCGCUGAGCGCGAUUGUUUCGCAAUAGAGCGCGCUUGCCGAUGACUGUACUUCUGCCGCUUUCUCAAUGAUUCACAAAUGUAAACGCUGCUAAAAUUAUGGCCAAUAUCCUCGAAAAAUACAAUUUUUUCCGUAUUGUUCUUGCGUCAUAUACUUUAGUACGACUUCUCCUAGCUGAUUUUCUGAUUUUCAGUAAUAAAGUUUCGAAAAUGAGCCGCCCGAACGUCUUCUUCGACAUCUCCAUCGGUGGAAAGGCCGUGGGACGCAUUGUCAUGGAGGUUUGUUUACUGCAUCGUCACAUUCAGCUCUUCUAAUCCGGAUUUCCUUUCAGCUUUACUCCGACAUCGUCCCGAUGACCGCCGAGAACUUCCGCGCUCUCUGCACCGGAGAGAAGGGAGUCGGCAAGUCCGGAAAGCCCCUUCACUUCAAGGGAUCCAAGUUCCACCGCAUCAUUCCGGACUUCAUGAUCCAGGGAGGAGAUUUCACCCGCGGAAACGGAACCGGAGGCGAGUCGAUCUACGGCGAAAAGUUCCCGGACGAGAACUUCCAUGAGAAGCACACCGGACCAGGAGUCCUCUCCAUGGUAAGUCGUACAGAAAUCUUGCUCAUAUAUGAAACACGAGAGACGUCUGUCUUGUCAAGUGAUAUUCAAACAAAAUGCUGUUUUAGGCUAACGCUGGCCCGAACACCAACGGAUCGCAGUUCUUCCUCUGCACCGUGAAGACCGCCUGGUUGGACGGCAAGCACGUCGUCUUCGGAAAGGUCGUGCAAGGAUUGGAUGUUGUUUCCAGGGUCGAGACCUUCGGAACCGACUCUGGAAAGCCGAAGGCUGACUGCGUCAUCGCCGAUUGCGGACAGCUCUAA